CUCGCUGCUCUCACACUCGUUGCGGUCCGAGACUGUUCCACUCGUUCAUCGCAUUCUCACCUGCCCUAGUGUAGGACGCAAUGCUUCUCACGAGGCUCAUACAGGGCCUCGGGGCCUUGACCGUCAUUCAAUUUGCGGCUGCUGCCAAGGAACCCUUGUUCCCCAGGGCAAGCGAAGCUGCAGCGUCCAGUGGGGAAGAUCAAGCUCAGGAGGAUGGCUAUCAUGCCGACACUUGGUGGUGCAAGAAAACAGUCACCCAUACCGUCACUUGCACGGUGACCGAAACCGACACGGCCACUAUCACCAAAACCGUUCCAGGCCCUACGGCAUCAGUGAUUGUCACCACGACGGAGACGGUCACGGACACGGAGACUGUCACAGACACGGAAACGGUCACGGAAACGGUGAGCUGGGGGACGACCCAGACCCAAGAGGUCACUGCCACUACAACCGUCGUACAAGAAACCACCGAUGUCAUCCCAACGACCAUAGAGGUGUCCAAGACCGUGAUCAACACCAUCACGACUACCGAGGUUGUGCCGACGACGCUGACGAGCAGCACGACCAUCACCGAGAUUUCCACCUCUGUCACUUCGUACCCGGUCACGGUAACUGACAGCACCACCAUCUACACGACCAAGACGGUGCUGGUUACGACGACCUCCGUUUCGACCUUCACCACUGUUAGCACCUACACGAUGGUGAGGGAGGCGACGAACACGGUCACGGACACCGUCACAGAUAGGGUCACCGAUACCACCACGGACAGGGUCACGAACACGGUCACCCAGAUCACAACGGUUCCGGCGUCCACCAUCACCGACGUGGUCACGACGGUGCUCCCUCCCAUCACCAUCACUGUCACUGAGAGCGGGACGGUUAUCACGUCGGUCAUCCCCGGGCCCACGGUCACGCAAACGACGACGACGACUCUUCCGCCAGUCACCGUCACACUUCCCGGCUCGACGGUGAUCCGGGAUGUCUCGGUCUGCCCCGCUCCGACGAACACGGCGCCUGUUCCGCGGCCGCAGACUACGCAGCGGCAGCUCUGGGGUUGCGACCCGGGAUAUGUCUGCAACUUGCCAAAGCCGGCGGGGUGCAACCUGUGGGCCGAACCGCCCGACAGGGAUUUCGCGUGCGAUCCCAGGUACUGCCAGCUUGCGCCGCCCGUACCCAACGUGCAGUGGCCCAAGAACGGAACGGGCUACUUCCCCCCGGUCGAGGGGUACUUCAACCUCAACCCCAACGCGUUUGGCUUGAGCUACGAGAUCUUCGAGCUCAACGAGGUCGUCACCAAGAUUGGAGGCAAGAAGACGACCAUCACGACCGGCAACUGGGUCUCGCAGACGGACCUCACGCACUUCCCGCCCGAGCCGACCUCGGACGCGACGGGCGAGAAGGCCUACUACGCCCGCGACCCGAGACUCUGGAAGCGCGACGAGACCAUCGUCCCGGCCGUGUGCUUCCUCCCCUGCAACCUCGCUUUCCUCGAGACCCAGCGGGUCGGCCUGAUUCCCGAGCUCUGCGAGGACGGUUCCCCCUUCCGGGAGGCCAACGACGCGUGCCUCAGCUGUAUCGAGACCAACGGCCUCGAUCUCAAGACCACGCUCCGCGCGUACCUGGGCGACGAGUUCUUGCAGUUCUGGGACUUUUGCGACAUGGACCCGGCCGAGCCGCCCGGGCAGACCACCCGGCCGCCGCCCCAGUCGCAGGUGACGGCGACGCCCACCAUCUCGUCCAGCUCGCAGGCCCCGCCCAACAGCGAGACGGAGCCCGUGCCCAUCACCUCCACCUCCACCACCACCACCACCACCACCAGCAGCGAGGAGCCGCCCUCCUCGUCCUCGACACCGCCCGCCUCCUCGUCGCGGUCGUCCGGCGCUCCGUCCCCGCCCUCGAGCUCGUCCGAAGCGCAGCCCGAGCCGACGGGUCCGACCGCCACGUCGAGCGAAACCGAAACCGAGCCGACCGCGUCCUCUUCCUCCUCUGCCACCCUCUCGGGCUCCCUGUCCACAACCGCUUCCUCACCUUCCGAGCCCGGCCCAGCCACGUCAUCACCGCCAGCCUCCGACAGCGGCAGCGGUGGUGGCGGUGGUGGUGGUGGUGGUGGCGCGCCGCCCCUCACGGAAGGGCCCUCGACGACCCUGCGCACCUCGACGACCGGCCUGCCGGCGACCAGCUCCAUCGCCACCGCGGCUGCCGGGCGGGUGGCCGCGCCGCCGUCGCUCACGAUGACAGGCCUCUCCUCUCUGGGGGCCUUGCUAGGCGGUGCUGUCUUCAGCUUCUUCUUCCUGCUUUUCUAAAAAGAAUCUGCGGAACUCGCCGGGAUAUCAUGGUGAUGAGACGCGAAGGUUAUGGGUUGCUUGCUGUUUCCUCCCAUGUUUCUCUUCUCUAAUGCUU